CCAAUUUACAAACAGUUAUGAGUUGUUGUAGCAGAGCUGAGUUUAUUAUGUUUAAAAAAAAACUAACUACCAAGAACAUAUUGUACAUCGAAGACCAUAGUGUACACUCAUAAACCGUGUAAAACAGUUCUAAAAGACUAUCUAAACUUUGCGGCAGUGGAAUACUACCUUUUUGUCUAUAGGUCCUGUGCCCUGAUAAUCUGUAAUAAAUAUUGUAGAAGUGCAAAUAUUCAACUCUACAAUACACUGUGCUCAAUUACUCCACAUAAUUCCAUAUAUUUUCAGUUACCAAUCAAAACCAAGUUUUAUCCUGAUCCUGCUGCUUGCAAAAAAGACUGACAUCACCGCCUAGUGGACAAAAUGAAUAAAUGAUCUAUUUCAAUUUCAGAAUUAGCAUUGUAAACAUGCAUGUGAUAUUGUGAUAUGAAGUUGGGUGAAGGGGAAAAGUGUUCAACAAGGGACAUGAUAGAUUGUGUAUUUAAGUGUGUUACACUUUUUUAACCAUUUGUUUUUCACAAAAAAUGUUACAUUACCAAACUUUUUAUUUUACCUUUUCUAAGGGUUGUCUAAUCAAUUUUAAUUUGAAUAUUAUUCAUAAGAACAUAUUUAAUUAGCCCAUAUUUGUAGUUCAUUUACUUUUAAAUAUUUAUUUAUGCUUAUCAAAAUGGUUUUAAUCGUUUUUAGUUAUUUUAUUGAUUGUUUUCAAAUGCAAGAUUUACUUUUUGUCCAACAUUUACAUUUUAAUUAAACGCUACAAAAAAGAAAAAUCUUGAUUGAUGAGUGAUUUCAGAUAUAAUACUUGAUGGCCUUAUUUACACAUUUCUUUACAUACACAAGAAAACAUUUUGUGAGGAGCAGUACCGUGAUGCCAGUCUUCAUACGAUUUGGUUUUGAACAAAAAGAGAAUCGAUGGUAUUGUCAAUUCCUAGCUGCCAUGGACGGUCCGAGUACGCAUGCGCAAUCUUUCCUCUUCCCACUACCCCUCCUCUUAGCAACAGAGCAGCAGCAAAGAUGGCUGCCCCCAGUAACGCCGAGCGCUCUCCUGAGAGGUCGGCGCCGCUGAAGACGCCGAAAACCGAGCUUCCGUCCCCUGAAUCCGACGAGCUGAGUGAUGGCAACCAGUACCAUUCCGACUCGUCCGCUCCCAACAGAUUCCCCUCCUUGAAUGUAUCCAUAUCGUCAGCGCUUGGGGCCGGAGGCGGCUCGGCCUCUGCCUCCAACAACAGCAGCAGCGGCGGCGGAUUCACGGUGUGUCGCGGCAUGUCGUGGACUCCGUCCGAAACCAACGCGCUCAUCGCCGUGUGGGGAAGCGAACGACUCGCCGAGGCCCGCAUGCAGCAGUUGGAAGUCGCAGGGACCGUGUUUUCCGGAAAAGCCCCCGGACCGGCUAUGUAUGAACGGGUUUCGAGAGCCUUGGCAGAUCUCGGUUAUGACAGGACUCCGUCUCAGUGCAGGGAGAGGAUGAAGACACUACGGAGAUGCUACAGCCGCGUGAAGGAGCACGGCAUCGGGAAGAGGAAAAGCAGUUACUCCAUCGAGCAGCUGGAGAAGGUGUUUGGCCAGGGUGGCUGGGACUCUCAGAGCUGCCAGCCUGUGCUGAUAAACAGCAGCGGCCUCUAUCAGGAGAUGGAGUCGGAUGGCAGCACGAUGGAGGAUUACCCUCAAGAGGACUGGUGCAGUCAGGAGCUGUCUGCUGCUUUCCAGGAGGGAGAAAUAGAAGCUGAGGAAAUCCAACUUCCAAAAAACAGGGUUUUACAGAUAAAACCAGAGGCUUCUGACCCACAUCAUGCUGUGAUUUCCUGCAGGCGGCAAGAAGUGAUGCAGAAUGUAAUACGCAUCCUUGAAUCAGUGGAUGUCAAAUGGGAGCACUUCCAAACAUGGACGGACUUCUCACGUUUGCACCUCUCCAACAAGCUUGCCAUUUUUGGCGUAGGCUACAACACACGGUGGCGGGAAGAAAUCCGUUACCACUAUGCGGAGAUCAGCUCGCAGGUGCCCCUCGGGAAGCGUUUGCGGGAGUACUUCAACCCGGAGAAGACAGAGGGCAGAGAGAUCAUGACCAAGGUGCAGAAAAUGAACUGGAAGAAUGUGUAUUACAAAUUUCUCGACAUCACAAUCAGUGAAGCGCGCUGCCUCGAGCUCCACAUGGAAGUGGACUGGAUUUCUAUUGCACAAACAAGCUCUUCUGGUUACAGCAACGGAUCACAGUACUUGCUUCCAGGCGGCAUUCCAAAAACCUAUGGUCUGUACGCUAUUGGAUAUGAGGAGGAAGAAGAAACUAGUAACUUCAACUCAGAAAACAUUGGUUCUUCAGUUGAACUUGGCGAGAGUGGAACUAAGCAAAGGAGGACUUCAUCCAAAGUAACUUACUGCUACCUCGGCAUAGCGGAAGAUCGCACUCUUCAGCAAUGCCUCUUUCAGCACUUUCAAAGUUCAGGGAAGUGUUGUAGUCGUCCCGAGCCUGCCAUCAAUAGGUUUUUGCAAGACAACUGCUCCAAGGAUGGAGGCUCUUCUUCCGUGUACAUUAAAUUUAUUGAAGUGGAGCUGGACUUUCUCUCAGCUGGAUCCUUAGUGGAAUGUUUAGAAACGGCUAUUGGGUAUGCCUUGAAGUUCAACAAAAAAGAUACCUUGUGACAAAUAAUUUGUUCUGUGUAUUUGCACAAAUGUACUGCAGAGAUCUCGACACAGCUCAGCAUUCGAUCUAGAUUUAUCAGCCAGAAAAAAUAACUCUAGAUCUGAAACUGGACAGCAUCUAGAUCUCUACUGUGAAGUUGUAACAGCAGUUGUUCAGGAAGGUUAAUGUUCCUCCCUUUGCAGUAGAUGUAAUCAGGGAGUUGUGGACCUUUUGAAGUUAAAAUGGUGGACCCAGUGGCAUCUGAAUGAUGCCAGGUUUCUUUUCAAAACUGCCUUUAUUUUUUAUCAUCCAACCAGUGCUUCAAAUGAUUCAAGUGUAUGUGGAGACAUGGCACUUUUUACAUUUCCUAUCAGUGAUAAAAAUGAGGGGAAAAUGAAAGUUUAUUGCUGUAGAGGUCUAUAUAAUAUAUAUUUAUGAAUAUUGAUGUUAAGCAUUCCAGCAUUUUUAGGAAGAAUUGCAUUCGGAUGUUUUCACUAUAUCAGUAUUUGUUUAUAUUUCUUUUUUCUUGUGAACUCACACAGUGUCUUUAUGUAUAACUGUUUCCGGAUCACAGUAUUGUUUACAUGAAUGGAAGAAAAAUAAAUAAAUAAAUUUAAAUAAAAAAGACAAUAUUCGCACUCAUUUAUUAUGUCUUGUUAAAGAGAAUGUUUUGCAUGGUUAUUAUUUUAACACUCGAAACCUGUGAAUUUAAAUAAUUCAUCCCUUUUUUCUCUCUCUUUUCUUUCUUUUACUGUC